CAGAAGUCUUGACGAUAUGAGUCAAUAUUCAAGGAUUCCUAAUUCGGAGGAGAAAGAAGAAGAUGUCCAAGUAGUUGCUCUUCAAGUCCCUCCUAGUUCUGAAGAGGCAUCUACUUCCCGCUCUAGCAGUCCUAUGCCUGCGCCACCUACACAACUUGAAACCGAAGAGGAGAUAGCCUCCACGACCGAAACUACUCCAAUGGUCAACCAAGCUAUAGAAGAACAACCCGUAUCUCAAAGUACUUAUAAGAAUACGAAUAGUAUCAUUUCAGGAUUUCCAAUGUUAAGUAGAAUAAGGAGGACAAUCGCCAAUGCUCAGGCUGCUGUACCAUCCAGUACCGAUGGUGUGUUUUCAAACUUGUCAGCAAAACCCGAAUCAGAGACUGAGAAAGAGGAUGAAAAUCCACCGCCGUAUGAAGCGGCAGCUGCAGAUGCGGCGCCACCUUACUGGGAGACGACUGUUAUUACUCCGGGAGUAAAUGGAGAUGAAGUAUUUGUAGAGGGUCUUCCAGUUGGGAACUUCUUUGCGUUUGUGUGGAACAUGCUUGUUUCAAUGAGCUUCCAGUUUGUUGGAUUUUUACUCACCUAUCUUUUGCACACCAGUCACGCUGCCAAGAAUGGCUCCCGAGCUGGCUUGGGUAUUACUUUGGUUCAAUAUGGAUUUUAUCUUCGAGGAAGGGUCUUACAAGAUGAUUACACUCCAUAUUCAUACUCUGAAGAUGAUAUUUCUGAAGAUGAUGAUGUGAUCGCACGAAAUACAUGGCUCAGCUACGUUCUCAUGUUCUUGGGAUGGUUUAUUGUCAUUCGAAGCGUUUCUGACUAUAUUCGAGUUAGGAGAAUGGAGUCUGUUGUUCGCACAACGCCUGAGGAAAAUUUUAUAGCAGGAUCGGGAGUUUUCCGCAAGAGCAUAAUGUAUACUCCAACAUCACCUCAAAACACUAAACAGCCUCCCCAGCAGGCACCCCCACAACCAUCUCCAAGACCUGCACAAACAACACAGCCCGGCACUCCUCUAGUUGCGGGCAUCCCAGCACCACCGCCCUAUGGAAAUUGGCUGCCUAAUAAUGCCCAAGGUGCUCGUCUACCUCCACCUCAACCAGGGGUCGCCGGUAUGCCUCCGCACAUUAGACAUCCUUUCCCACCUGGACAGCGUCCUCCUCCGACAGCUGGUGCACCAAUAUACCGUCCAUCACAAGGAACCCGUCCCCCUCAAUUAACCGGUCAAGGUGGUAAUUUCCCACCUGGAUAUGCGGGAGGGAGGCCGUUGCCACAGCCUUUUGGAGUACCGACAAUUACAUCAUCUUCACCGUCUAUGCCUCAGUAUGCCCCUAGACCACAAACAGGCAAUGCGAUUCAGUCCCAAAACAUUCAAGAUGGUAGUCAUGUCGAUAAACUUGGGAAUCAAUUGAGCGAGUUGGAUGUCGGGUCAAAUCCCGCUGGUCAAGACACCUUUGAUCAAAGAACAGAAGCUCAUAACCCUUUACAAUAUGAGCAACACGCACGGCCCCAGCAGAAACCUGCACGUCGUAUUCACCACGAUCUUAAUCCUUCUGCUUACUCAACUACUGCACCAACGCAAGGAUAUCCACAACUAGCUGGCCCUAGCAUUUAUUCGACUAUACCACCAAAUAAUGUUGGACAACCAGGCAUACAGCAAGGUCAACAACCUAUGCCUCUGCCAUAUGGGCCGAUGGUCCCGCAAGCUCCCUCUACUGGCCCAGGGAUGCAACCGACGCGAUCGUAUCCUCGUCCUACACAUCCGAACCAAGCGUCACAAAAACCUCGAAUUGACCCUAAUCAAGUCCCCUCGCCUGUAGCCGUUCGAGAACAAGACCGACAAGAUUUCAUUAAUGAACCAUAUUUAACUUCAUCAAAAAAGACGGUACCACUUGCCAGCACCGAUUUCAGGGCAAUAGACGAAGGAAACACCAAUCCGCGGUUUAUGAGGUUAACGUUGUAUUCUGUUCCUCAGACAGAAGAAUUACUUAAGACAUCCAAUUUGCCACUAGGUUUGAUUGUUCAGCCGCUAGCCAAGCUGAGAUAUGACGAGGCUCCAAUCGACGUUAUUGAUUUCGGUGAAGAAGGCCCUAUUAGAUGUCGCCGUUGCAAGUCAUAUAUUAAUCCUUUCGUAAUUUUCGUGGAAGGUGGACAGAAAUUUGUCUGUAAUAUAUGUCAAUUUUCAAACGAAGUACCUCCGGAGUAUUUUGGUAAUUUGGACUUCAGUGGACGACGAGUCGAUGUAAACCAACGACCAGAACUCCUACAUGGCACGGUCGAAUUUGUCGUACCCAAGGAAUAUUGGAAUCGACCACCCUGCCCACUAUCAACCAUAUUUGCUAUAGAUGUUUCUGUCAACGCUGUGAAGAGCGGGAUGCUUGCUAAAUGUGUUGAAGCAAUUCGCGAAGUACUUUAUGGUACACCAACCGGCGCACGACCAGGUGGUAGGAUUGGUAUUAUGACGUUUGAUAAAGACGUUCAUUUCUACAAUAUGAAGUCAAGUCUUGAGCAAGCUCAAAUGCUAGUUGUUCCGGACGUAAAUGAUGUGUUUGUACCCUUAAAUGACGGUUUUUUGGUCGAUCCCGUUGAAUCGAGAUCUGUGAUAGAGGGAUUAUUAGAAGCUUUGCCCACAAUGUUCGCAGAAACCAACGUUGCUGAGCCAGUAUUGGGCGCAGCUGUCAAAGCAGUUUACGCUGCUCUGAUCGAUACUGGCGGAAAGCUGAUAGUAUUCCAAACCACCUUACCUAAUUUUGGUCCUGGAGCAAUUAAGUAUCGAGAUGAUCCGAAAUUGUACAACACGGAGAAGGAAAAAACCCUAUUUGGACCACAAGAUCUUUUUUACAAGAAUCUUGCCAUCAAUUGUGUGGAUGCGGGAAUAUGCAUUGAUUUAUUUCUGUUUCCCAGUAAUUAUGUCGAUGUUGCUACUAUAGGUUUACUUUCGUCAAUAACUGGUGGUGAGAGUUAUUAUUAUCCUAAUUUCAAUUCAUCAAGAGAUGGCGCCAAGUUUGCAUACGAGUUACGACAGAAUGUCACCAGAGAAUUCGGAUAUAAUGCUCUAAUGAGAAUCCGUUGUUCUAACGGGCUUAAGAUAGUUGACCAUUAUGGUAAUUUCAACAUGCGCAAUGCGACUGAUGUUGAGCUUGCGGGGGUAGAUGCCGACAAAGCAUUUGGGGCACUAUUCAAGUAUGAUGGCAAGCUUGAUGAAAAGGCUGAUGCAUACAUUCAGUGUGCCUUACUUUAUACAACUGUUACUGGACAACGAAGAGUUCGAACGCACAAUAUUAGUGUGCAAGUCACAACAUUACUUGCCAAUGUAUUUAGAUACGCGAAUAUGGAUACGACAGUGAGCUUUUUGGCUAAACAAGCCGUAUCAAGUACAGUGACAAAACCAUUACGAGAAAUCCAGGAUCAGCUAACUGAUAAAUGUGUAAAGAUACUCCUGGCUUAUCGUAGGCAUUGUGCAUCUAUGAGCUCACCAGGCCAGUUGAUACUACCAGAGGCAUUUAAACUGUUCCCUUUGUAUACUCUGACUAUACUGAAGUGUAAAGCACUACGUGCAGGGUUUCUCGCGAGUGACGAAAGAGUGCAUUCAAUGAGAAUGAUAAAGGGCAUGGGAGUCUCGGAAUGCGCAGUGUUAUUGUAUCCUCAGAUGCUUUCGAUACAUGAUAUGCCGGAAGAAGCUGGAUGUCCAGAUGAAAACGGAAAAAUAAUAAAGUUUCCUUCACUAAUAAGAGUAUCGUGUGACAGACUUGAAGCAGGAGGCGCAUAUCUAUUGGAGAAUGGCCAAUUUUUGUAUUUCUGGCUUGGCCAACAAUUGUCAUCAGAAUUUCUUCAGGGUGUAUUUGGAGUUGACUCUAUCGACCUUGUGGAUCCCAGACUCUCCGCAUUACCUGAACUUGAUAACACGAUGUCUAGACGGAUUAGAUUCAUAACUUCCUAUCUACAAACGCAACGAUACAAAUAUUUACAAUUAGUGAUUGUACGAAAUACAUUGGAUGCCGCUGAAAUAGAAUUCAACAAUUUGCUUGUUGAAGAUGAUAACAACGGAGCAAUGUCAUAUGUGGAGUAUCUCUGUUAUAUUCAUAGACAAAUUCAAAGCGAAGGAUCUCCAACAAAAGCACGUUCACGUAAAGCUGAACGUAGUAGUUCAGAUGACAAGGCCACAAAUCGCAUUGUUACGCCCCCGCAACAAGGAAGGCAAUCACACAAAUAUGAUUCCCCAUGGCGCUUGUUACCAUACUUUGCAUUUAUCGUUCUGUUCUGUAUCCGGCUGACUGCUGCCUUGUUCUCUAACAUCGCUGACUGUGACGAAGUUUAUAAUUACUGGGAGCCCUUGCAUUAUAUGGAAUAUGGCUAUGGAAUGCAGACUUGGGAAUAUUCUCCAGAGUUUUCUAUUCGCAGUUGGGCGUAUAUUAGAAUUCAUUCCUGGACUCUUGCUAUCAUAUUGUUCCCUAUCAGAUAUUUAUUCAACUUCGACAAGAUCCAUACAUUUUACACGUUGCGUGUGAUUUUCGCAGUAGUUGGAACUUACUGUGAAUCAAUGAUGUACAAAACAGUAAAGUAUCAAUUUGGUGAACGCGUCGGUCAAUUCUUCUUUCUGGCGCUGAUGGUAUCUGCUGGCAUGUGGAAUGCCUCUACUGCCUUCCUUCCUUCUACUUUUGCCAUGUAUACGACAAUGUUAGCGUUCGCAUACGCCCUACGUCCAGUACAGAAAAGCUCAAACAGGAGGGUGAAAUAUUCUGUCUUUUGGUUCGGCAUUGGAGCAUUAUUGGCAUGGCCAUUCAGUGCAGCAGUAGGCAUUCCUUUUGUAAUAGAAGAGCUAUUCAUUAGUGGACACGAAUUGAGAACAUGGAAGCUUAAUGAUGUAUGGGCACAGAAUAGAAUUAAGCGACUAGCUCGUGCAUUCUUACUGGCAAGUGCAGGCAUUCUGUCGCUCAUCAUUUACGUCGACUACUAUUACUACAGAAAGUUUACUGUGGUCCCACUGAAUAUUGUUAUGUACAAUGUGUUUGGUAGCAGAGAUCGCGGUCCUGACAUAUAUGGUGUAGAGCCAUGGCAUUAUUAUCUAUUGAACGGUUUCUUGAAUUUCAACAUUCUUUUCAUAUUAGCACUUGGAAGUUUACCCGUAUUGGCGAUAACGUUUUUUCGCGAUUUUGGCCGCAUAGAAGCUGAAUCAGAUACGGCUAAUCCCAAGUAUCCAUAUGUCAUUCUUCUUAUCCGAUUAGCACCAUUCUAUCUCUGGCUACUUAUAUUCACAUCACAGCCACAUAAGGAAGAACGGUUCUUAUUUGUUGCGUAUCCUCUAGUGUCUCUAAAUGCAUCGAUAGCAUUGUUUCUGAUGCGAAGUUGGUUACCAUCGGCAUUUGUAUAUAUCUUCCCCGGAAGUAAAGGGAACAAAAAACCUAAUAGGAUGUAUACAACCGCUUUUACAGUAGCCAUUUUUAUUAUAGCUGGAUUAAUAUCUUUCUCGCGCGUAUUGGCCCUUUAUCAUUAUUAUCACGCUCCGUACUCAUUGUAUGAGCAUUUUUAUCGCGUAGAAAUACCGCAACAAUUGGAUUCGCAGAACUUAAGGCCCACUUACACCAAUCCUAUCAACAUGUGUGUUGGGAAAGAAUGGUAUAGAUUUCCCAGUCAUUAUUUCCUGCCUGAAGGCGUCCGCUUGAGAUUUUUGAAAUCAGAUUUCAGCGGACAAUUGCCUCAAUAUUUCUUAGAAAGUGUCAGGAGGGAUAAAGGACAAUUCACGAUUAGUGAUGACGAACGCGACGGAACAUGGAAAAGUCGGUCUGGAUUCAAUGAUAGAAAUAAAGAAGAGAUGAGUAGAUACUUUUUUGAGAGCCAGUGCGAUUAUCUCAUUGAUCUUGAUUUGAAUGUCACCAAAACGAGUCCGCUUGAGCCAAGAUACGCAACACAGGCGGAUAAAUGGACAGUGUAA